AUGUUCUAUCUAGUAACUACCCCGCAUGAAUUCCAGCAGAAUACAACGUCGAACAGACAUCGUUGGGUACUGAGUUUGCGUGAUUUCAGACAUUAUGACCGUGUCCGUGGGUAUCCUCUCGAUAGGGGACAUGGGGAUGGGGAUUGCACGGUUAUUGAAAGCGAAUUCGUAUCGAGUGCUUACCGUAGCAGCUGUCAAGAUACCCUAGAUCGCAUCCAAGCAGCCUCUAUAGAGGCACUGCCGACAGACCAAGAACUAGUAAUUCAAUCCGAUUAUAUUCUGUCUAUAGUGCCGCCGCGGGAUUCUCUAGCGACAGCACGACGGAUUUUCGAAGCAGUGCAAUUACCAGAAACUCUUUCCAAGAGGGCACAACUACAUGAAGGAGCUUCGCAAAGAGUGUACUUUUUCGAUCUCAAUGCGACUGCGCCUCGACUCAUGCGGGAGAUUGAUUCUCUAUUCGCAAGCCUCUCUGGACCCGAACAGAAAGAACCGACUGUCCAAUUCCUAGAUGGAGGCAUUAUAGGUGGCCCUCCAUCGCAUAACGAGGCUGAUCAGACAUGGACGCAGCCUAGUACCGUCAUCUCCGGCCCUGUAGAGGGCUUACCAUCUACGUUCCCAUCAUUACUUUCAACGCUCAAUAUGAAGACAGUCGGACCCAAGAUUGGCUCUGCAUCCGCCCUCAAACUCUCCUUUGCAUCACUCACCAAGGGGCCAACCGCCCUGUCGCUGUUGUCAUUCACAACCGCACAAUCCGAGGGUGUCCUAUCAGAUCUGUUACAACAUCUCAACGAGUACUCCCCCAAAACCGCCGCCCUUGCUACGGGUGGAAUAGUAGCGAUGGCCCCCAAAGCGUACCGAUGGGUCGAAGAGAUGCACGCAAUCGGCGAAGCGUUUGAUUCCGAGGGUCACUGGGGCGGGCUGGGCAGCGCUGUUUAUGAUUCCUUCGCGGAGGUUUACAGACAAGUUGCGGAGGAGACGGUGUUGGGGGAAGAAAAGAUUGGGCUAAGACAGAGAGGGAAGGAGGCAGAGGAUGUUGCUGAGAUAUUGGCCCAGGCCAAUCGUGAAAGGACGUAG